AUGCAGCGACAACCACAUCUAUUCGAAAGUAUGACGCAUGAAGAAGAAGAAGAAGAAGUGAAGAAGACGAUUACAAGAAUUCAUCGGGUACACCCUAAAGUGGGUGGUCACACGACCGUAACUUUUAGUACAGAAAAAGGAAGCGCUUGUUGCCGCGAGGGAGCGCGAGCACUUACGUACACAAUAAUGAAGAGGAACGCGAAACAAGUAUGUAAAAGAGGCCGCUCGGCGUUCGCGAUUCAUCACGUCAGAGUAAUGAUCACAACCGACGGUCCGCCAUCCACCUGGGUUAGGCAUUUAUUGAUACUGACAUUUAUCAGUCUGAUCUCACGCUUAACACGUUAUUGACACUGACACUGACAACGGGCGGCUUACUCCAACAAUGUUUGUUCUUUAGUAAACGUGCUAAUGUGAGAGCCAGUAAUAUGACAUGAUCUCGAUUAGCAUGCGGAUAGUGCUUGUAAUUCAAUUUGAACAGAGAGAAGAACCAUUCAUAAAUCCGCUAUCAUCUUCCAUCUAAAAUUUAAAUACUUAUUAAAGUUUAACAUCACGAUCGCAGUGUGUAGCCAAAGUUAUUCUCAUUGUGCUCAUGUUUGUCUGCGUGGUCAAUAUUCCACUUAACAUUACAUUCAGUAUUAUAGAACAUCGAUAAAACAUGGUUUACGAGUGGCAAAAUUGGACUUGCGACAUUUAAGAUUUGUACACAUUUGACUUCCCACGCCCACCUUUUGAUGACGUUGUACUAACGGGACCGACGCAUUUUCAGCGGAUUUUAACUGUGCGUUGUGCUUGAUUGCUGUGGAAGUCUGAACAGAG